AUGGCAGCAGAGAGGACCGAUGAUGAUCUGGACCCGCGACAGACACAUGAUGGGGGACAGUCCACGGUGCACGCCGUGAUGGACACGCUGUUACGACAGGAAAGUUUCGGACUCAGUGAAGAGGUCGACACAGUCUGGCCCAAGGAGGGCUCGGCGACCGCUCAGGCGGGCUGGCAAUCAAGCUGGAAGGACAGUCGGCCAACCCAGAAGGCGGCCGAAGACGGGACAGGACCUUUCGGGGCCAGGUUGGUGGCCGAGAAGCAGCUGGACGGACGAGCCGGCUCUAGCUGGGCGUCCGGGGCGACGUGGGGCUCGUCACACGCGUGGGACUCCAAUGCGACCGAGGCUUCCGCCUGGGGUCGCAACGACUGGCGAUCUGGCGAGCAGCAGCAGACGGACACGUGGAAUCCAGGCUGGAAUCAUACGGCAGAUGACAAAUUGCGCUCUAGCGCCGGGAAGCGGGAGCCCAAUUUUGAUCAACGCUACUCCGACUGGGGCGAUUCCAAGCUGGGCAAGGAUUUCACAGAUCCCGAGAAGUGGUCGUCUUGGGCUGGCUAUCGCAUGCGGCGUCGCAAGGUCUUGCGAUGGAGAUUUUUGACCGACGCGCCGACACACAAGCAGGCGGACAGGCUCUUCCGCACCCCAAAUCAGGACCUUCAACGGAAACUCGAGGAUAUAGACGACGCUGCGCUAUGUGGCCCUCGCGGGAUUGAUACCAUAAUUCAACACUUCGAUCUCUUGUCAGGUGAAUGGCAGGGCGACGAGCGCCGGAAGACGACCUGGAAGCUGAUGUUCCUCGAGGAGGGAGUCGGUCUGGACGAGAAGACCGUUCAGAUGGUGAAGGUCCUCAUGAAGGACCAGAGGAGCCACGCCGCGGCGCUGAACGCCAUGCCAGAGAUGGACAUCACGCAUCGCGAGCAUCUGAGGGCCCGGCCGAAGACCUACGCCACGAUGUCCUCCGGGGACGGCCGGAGCGCUACAGCUCCAGCUCCGUCGAUGCCGACUUACCAGGUCGAGGAUGACGAUUCUCUGAUCGACUAUUCGGGCGUCUCUUCACUCAACUCCGAGGGGGAAGCAGAGGUCUGGGCCACCCCGGGCGCGGCCGACGCCGCGCUCGCUGCGCUCAACCAGGAACGCGGCAAGACCUGGAAGCAGAAUCGCGACCUGAAGAGGCAGUUGAAGGUCGACAGGAAGUUUUACGGCAGGUCCGCCUCAGCUGGAGCCCGCGGCGCCGACGGGCGCGAGAAGCCUGGCAGGCCCGGCCGCAGGGCGGCGGGCGGCACCUUUCGACCCCGAAAGGGGCGCCUGCAACUCCAGGAGCUGAUCAAGCGCACUCGGUGCCGGCUGCGCCGCCAGAAGGGCCACUGGUCUCGCGAGCGUCCGAAGCGCCAGGCGGUCGUGUUGACGCUGAUGGGGGUCGUGGUGGUCGGUCUGGCGGCGGUCCUGCCGGUGGUUGCGGUUUUGGCGGACGUGCUGGUCGUGGCCGCGGCGGUCGCGGUAGGGCCGCGGCGGAAGAGGGCGGGCCGGAACAGGGCCGGUCGGAAGAGGGCCUCGGCGGAACAGGGCCUCGGCGGAACAGGGCUGGCGGAACAGGUCCGCGGCCAGUGCGCCCCCCAGGGCAGCCCGCUGCGCGACGUCGAAACCUCGGAGGGCGCCAGCCUGCAGUUCUGGCGGCGCGGUGCGCUUGUUAUAGACCAGUUUGCCAAAGCUCGCGCAGCGCCGGAGCAGCAGGAGGGCCACCUGCGGGUGCAGGGUCUGCACUGCCGCCAAGGACGCUUCUCCAUUCGCCAGCAGGUGUCCGACGGCCGCGAGCUGCUCGCAAGCUGUCUCGCGAGUGGCGGGUGUGAGAGCGUCCAGCAGGUGUUGGGCUCCCAGUCCAGAAGGGCCCGGGGCGGUGCCUUUUGGGCAGGCGCGCAAGGCCUUGGGCACGGCGUUGGGCGCGAGCGGUGGCGCGGCCAGGAGCGAGUCCAGGUGCCCGAGCGGCUCGGCAGGCCACUCCGGGAGAGCCCCCCCCUGAGGCAGCCCGAGACCGAGGGCACCGCGGGCGGCGCAAGGGGGGCGGGGGCAGAUGGCGCCUUGUCGCAGGUGGCCUCGCUCCGCGGUCUUGGCGACCGCGCUGCUGCAGGCGCCGCGCCUGGCGCCCGGGCGCCGAGGGCGAAGAGCGUCGCGCAGCAUUGCCUCGAGGGGCGGGGCGGGCACGGGGCAACGAUUAAGGGCGACUGGUGCUACCGGCUCAUCGUGAGCGCCAAGUACGACGCCAUCGUCAAGCACCCCGAGUGGUACCCUGGCCUCACGCCGAACUCCAGCUUCCGGGAGUUUCAGGCCCAUUUCCACCACAAGGGCAAGGCCAGCUGUCUGGCGCCGUGCAGCACGACCGACGACGCUUGGGCUAUCCAGGCGGCGCUCGGCACGGCCGCCCCCGGGCUCCCCGUGCACCCCGGCUGCUUCGUGCGCGUGCCCAGCGGGUGCAAGGCUCACCGCGUGGGGAGAGGCUUAUGGCAGCAUGAUCGGUGGGCCGAGGGCGGCAACGCCACGGAGGCAGCGUGCAAGGCGCGCAGGCACUACUGGAACAGGCUUUGCGCCGUCCGCGAUGCCAAGAUGUUGUUCGUGCCCGUGCAGCCCGCCCAACCCGCAGAGCCUCGGUCUGAGGCACCGCCGCCAGACGCGGCCCCGGGCAAGGGCAUCCACCAGGCUACGAGUCGCGUCGAGGAGCAGAUGCUUGCCUUGGUGCAGAGCGAACAGAGCCUUCAGGAGAACUGCAGGGAUGCCAAGGAGGGGGACUGGUGCUGGCGCACGGUCAUGUACGCCAAGAGCGAGGGCGUGCGCAGGCAUCCGAGCUGGUACUUCGGGCUCGCAAAUAAUGCCAGCUUCGCGGAGGUUCAGGCCCAUCUCCACCGGAACGGUAAGGCAAAUUGCUCGGCGCCUUGCAGCACGAGUGCGCACGAGUUGGCAAGCUUGACGAUCUCGGCCGAAGCGGAGGCCGAGGUCAGGAAGGUGGAGGCCGAGGCCAAGAAGAUGGCAGAGGUACAUGCGAUGGCCAAAGCCAGAGCCACGACGGAAACCGAGGUUAAGGAGAAUGCGAAGGCCUACGCCCAGGCCAAGGCGAAGGAGGAGGCGGCCGCUAAAGCUAAGGCGGAGGCCGAGGCCGAGAAGAAGGCAGAGGCGGAGGCCAAGGAAAAGGAGGCGGCCAAGAAGAAGGCGGAGGCAGAGAUUGAGGCGCAGGCCCUGCGUGAGGCGAAGGCAGUGGCCGAGGCCAGAGCCAAGGCGGAGGCCGAGGCCAACGCCAAGGCAGAGGCAGAGGCCGAGGCCAAGGCUGAGGCCAAGGCGAAGGAGGAGGCGAAGACGAAGAUCGAGGUUGAGGCACGGGCGAAAGCUGAGGCCGAGGCUAGGGCCAAGGCGGAGGUUGGUAUCAAGCUAAAGGCACAGGCAGAGGCCGAUGCCAAGGCUGAGGCCAAGGCAAAGGAGGAGGCGAAGGCGAAGGCCGAGGCUGAUGCGCGGGCGAAAGCUGACUCCGAAGCUAGGGCCAGAGUGGAGGCUGAGAUGAAGGCACGGGCAGAGGCCGAUGCCAAGGCUGAGGCCAAGGCGAAGGAGGAGGCGAAGACGAAGGCCGAAGUUGAGGCUCGGGCAAAGGUUGAGGCUGAGGCUAGGGCCAAAGCGGAGGCUGAGAUGAAGGCAAAGGCAGAGGCCGAUGCCAAGGCUGAGGCCAAGGCGAAGGAGGAGGCGAAGGCGAAAGCCGAGGUUGAGGCUCGGGCAAAGGCUGAGGCUGAGGCUAGGGCCAAAGCGGAGGCUGAGAUGAAGGUGAAGGCAGAGGCCACUGCCAGGGCUCAAGAGAGAGCGAAGGGCGAGACCAAGGCAAGGGCGAAAGUUGAGGCGAAGGCAGGCGCCGAGACCAAGGCAAAGGCGGUGACCGAGUCCAAGGCCAAAGCGGAGGCUCAGGCGAAGGCACAGGCCGAGGAGAAGGCGGAGGCCAGGGCCAGAGCGGAGACGGAGGCCAUGGAAGUGGCUAAGGUUGACGCCAAGACCAGGGCGCAAUCCGAAGCCAAGGGGGGGGCGGAAGCAACGGCCAAGGCGGAUGCCGAGGUGGAGGCCAAGAAGGAGGAUAUGCAUUCGCUGAAGGAGACGGCCGGAAAGCAGGACGGUCUGUCCCUGAUCAUCGACUCGUACCCAGACGGCGUUGGGUGCUUCAUGCAAUUGCCCACGGGUUGCGCAAAGCACCCCAACAAGAACCACAUGUGGAGGAACAGGUGGUGGGCGGAGGACAUAAAUCUCACAAAGGCGCAUUGCGAGGCGCGCAAGUCUCAUUGGGAAAAGUACUGCGGCACCUCGGACGUGAAGAUGGUCUUCGUUGACCGACCUUCGGCGGAGGAUGAGACCGAGGCGCAGGCGAAGGGUGAAGCUGCGGUGAGAAAACAGAGCGAGGCGGAAGUAGCGGCAAGUGAGGAGUCAGAGGCGAGUCGGAGAGCAGAGGCCGAUGUUUUGUUGAGUGCCCAGCUGAGGUCGAUGAUGGAGGCCGAGUCGGAGGCGAGGCUGGAGCUGAGGUCGAUGAGGGAGGCCGAGGCAAGGGCGAGAAGUGAGGUAGACGCAAAGGCGAUGGCAGAGGCCAAUGCGAAGCUGGAGGCCGAGCUGACAGCGAUGGCGCAGGCCGAGGCAGUGGCCGAAGCCGAAGCCAAGGCAGAGGAGGCCGAGCGGAAGGCGGAGGAGGCCGAGGCGAGGGCCGAGGAGGUGGCCGAGGCGCAGGCAAAGAAAGAGGCAGAGUCGCAGGCGAGGCUGGAGGCCCAGGAGCAGGCACUGGCGAAGGCCGAGGCGAAAGCGAAAGAGGCCGAGGCAAGGGCCGAGCAGGAGGCCAAAGGGAGGGCCGAGACGAAGGCCAGGGUGGAGUUCCGGGAGCAAGAAUUGGCGAAGGCCGAGGCGGAAUUGAAGGAGGCCGAGGCGAAUGCUGCGAAGGAGGCAGAGGCGAAGGCCGAGGAGGAGGCCGAGGCCGCUGCGACAAUACAUGCCCAGGCACAGGCGCUGGCCGAGGCCAAGGCAGAAGCAACCGAAGCCCAGGCGAAGGCCGAGGAGGAGGCCGAGGUGAGUGCCGAGAGGGAGGCCGAGGCGCAGGCGACGCUAGAUGCCCAGGCGCAGGCGCUGGCCGAGGCCAAGGCAGAAGCAGCCGAAGCCCAGGCGAAGGCCGAGGAGGAGGCCGAGGUGAGUGCCGAGAGGGAGGCCGAUGUCCAGGCGACGCUAGAUGCCCAGGCGCAGGCGCUGGCCGAGGCCAAGGCAGAAGCAGCCGAAGCCCAGGCGAAGGCAGAGGAGGAGGCCGAGGUGAGUGCCGAGAGGGAGGCCGAUGCCCAGGCGACGCUAGAUGCCCAGGCGCAGGCGCUGGCCGAGGCCAAGGCGAAGCUGCGGGCGGUGGCGAACACGCUGGCUGAGGCCAGCGAGAGGGUGGAGGCGGCCGAGGCGACGGCUGAGGAGGCCAGGGCGAAGGCCGAAGCGAAAGCAAAGCUGGAUGCGGAGGUGAAGACGAAGGAGGAGCAAGGGACGACGGCGAAGGCGGAGGCAGCGGCGAAGGAACCCACGAGGCCGCCCCCGUGCCUGCCCGCCCUGCCGCCGGGCGCAAGCGCGCGGCUGGCGGAGUGGGCCUCCGCGGCCGAGGCGCUCGCGGAUGCCGCGCCCAGGGGCAGGAGAGGGCCUACACGCUCUCGGUGCCCCUGCUCGUGGCGAGCCAGCUGGGGCUGCAGGAGGAUCGUCUGGGGACCUGGGCACGAGGGUGAUCGGCGCUCUCGACGAGGAGUUCCUCGCCGGCGAGGUCUCCCUCUCGUUCCGAGCGUGGAUGCUGGGGCGGUUGCUGCUGGCCAGCCGGCAGUGCUCCGACGUGGCGGCCGAGGCGAUCUUCGAGAAGUAUUUGCGGGAGGUGCUGGACGAGGUUGUGGCCAGUCGCCUCAGGGCGGGCCUGGAGCCAGAGGAGGUGGCCGACCCGUGCGAGGCCUGGGCGUGGUCAUAUCCAGGCAGGCCUAUAGGGGCACGAGCAGUCCCACUGGCUGA